AUGUGGACUCCACAUCAAUCUGCCCGGUUCCAUUUCUGCUGCCCGGACUGCCCGGCUCACCGCCAACAUGAAGUCAAGGCGAUGCGAGCAGCGAGCAAGGGAUUUGAUACCGCCCGCCCGCGUAUCGGCCACAUUGCAGGCUUGCGCUACGAGACUGCGACCAGUCGCGACGGCAGAGAUUUCAGCUUACAUGUCCUGGCGGCCAUGAUCUGA